AGAAACAACCUCGGAUUAUCUGUUUACACAGCCCGCGACAACUGAAUAAGCGACUUUAUCUUUCGAUAAAUAUAGCCUUCGUAUUAAAUAUAGCCAGCAAAUGAAUUCAGUUAACUAAGAGUAAACUCGCGUGUAUAUGUAGGAAUAAUGAAAACGGUUUUAUAGGCGUUGGACGCAUCGUAAUCUUUCAAUGAGUUCUCACAUCGUCACUCCUGGUCCAUACAGGGCCACUAAACUGUGGAAUGAAGUAACCAAGCUUUUCCGUGCCGGGAUGCCUUUGAAAAAGCACCGGCAACACUUUAGGGUUUACAUGAACUGCUUCACAGCAUCCACCGCCGUGGACUGGUUACAUGAACUCUUGAAAAACAACAGCAAUUUUGGACCUGAUGUCACCCGACAGCAGACAAUCCAGCUGCAAAAGUUUUUGAAGAACCAUGUUAUCGAGGAUGUGAAGGGUAGAUGGGGCAUGGAGGACCUGGAGGACAACAGCCAACUAUACAGGUUUCCAUCAACAUCUCCAUUGAAGCCUAUUCCUAACCGUCCCACUGUUAUGAGGAAAAAGAGCUUAUCCAUGAUGGACAGGGAGAGUUUCUUUAAAUUCAGGGGCUCGAAGAAAUUUGAUAAAGAAACAUUGGAAAAUGUGGAUCCAGAAACACAAGAAUCUCCUGUGGGAUCGUCCUCAGGUGAGACAGAAUGCAGUAGGGAGCUCACAGAGGAUGAUAUUCAUGUGAUCUGGAAGAAUGUGACACUUACACAUUUGCAGAAGUUGGUGGGAUCUGGUUCUCUGGAAGGCGUUUUGGAUCCAGCCAAUGUCAAUCCUCAGUUCAUUGUGUAUAAUAUGACCAAAGUCAAUAAACAUGGAGUCGUUUCAUUGGAAGAUAAGACAGAAGAUUUACCACACUGGGUUUUGUCUGCUAUGAAAUGUCUUGCAAACUGGCCAAAGUAUGACUCAAACCAGCCAACUUACCCAGGAUUUGAGCGAGAUGUGUUUAAAACGGUCUCAGACUACUUCUACAGUCUUUCUCAGCCACUGCUCACUUAUCAGUAUUACGAACUCUUUGUCAACAUCCUGGGUUUAUUGCAGCCGUCACUGGAGCAGGUGGCCAUCGAGGCUCUUCAGCUCUGCACGUUACUCCUGCCUCCUGUCAGCCGGCGCAAACUCCAGUUGCUCUUGCGAAUGAUCUCACGCAUGAGCCAGAACGUAGACAUGCCCCGGCUGCACGACGUCAUCGGAACACGCACACUGUUGGUGCAGACAUUCUCCAGGUGUGUGUUGAGCUGUCAGGAGGUGGAUGAUCUGGAUGAGCUCUUGGCUACAAGGCUGUUAUCUUUUCUCAUGGAUCACCAUCAGGAGGUCAUGCAAGUGCCUGUGUAUCUGCGCAAUGCUGUGGAAGAUCACAUCAACUAUCUCAAGUCACUGAGCUUGUGUCCUGGCUCUGCUGGUCCAAUGCCAUCAUACUCGUUCUGCAGGCAGAUCAGCUGCCAGGAGUUUGAGGAGCAGAAGCUGUCAGUGUCUCAGUCUGCUCUGGCUGACCUGCUGGAGAACAUCAUCAAAGACAAGAGCAUGUCUGUCAAAGAGAAGAAGAAGAAGAUCAAACUGUUUCAGAAGGAAUAUCCUGACAUCUACUCCAGACGUUUUCCCACAACAGAGAGUGAAACUCAGCUUUUUGCAGACAAACCAAAGAUAAAGCCUCCAAUGCUUUUAAGCAUCAAGAAAGCCAAAACCUUCAGUAUUCGAAACUGAAUACCUCCUGUAAUGCUCAUGUUUUAGAAAACUGCUUGAGUGAAUUGGCUGACGUCAGACCAUAUCGGUAUAAUCAUUAAACUGUAACUUCAGUUGAAGUGUUGUUUUUGGUUUCUUGUGGGAUUUUCCUUUGAGUGAAGUAUUUUUAUUGUGUUUUUUUUCUGUUUCAGUAGAGAUGUCUGUCAGUUUUAAUGUUAUUUAUUUAAACUGUGUGAUUUGGUUGUAAGUUUUAGAUCUUGAUAGUGUCAAAGUCUAUCCAGACUCCACAGUAAAUAUAUGCAAAGAAACCUAACAUACUGUUUACAUGGAAAAAUGAAGAUUUCCUAUUUAAACAUUUGGUAACAUUGUUUGUGUCUCAGCUUUAAUCUUAUUUUUUCCUGAUAUCACGUUUUAUUGUGUGCUUGUGUUCACUAUAGAAGUGCACAGAUUUCUGAAAACAUUUUAUUUUUCUUGUGAUGUGGGAGUUUGCUAACCUCUAAGCUAGUAUGGGCUUAUUUGCACUGUUUUUUCAUCAAUUUGUCCGACCAUGUUGUCUUUUUUUUAGUACAUUUUAUUUCUAGUCAGAACAAUCUACUUAUUGCUUAUUUGUAUGAAUGGAUAAUCUUGUCAUUCAGUCACAUUACAUUAUCCAAUGGCUUGAAUAUUAAGAAUGGGGAAAAACUAGACAGAAAUAGAUUUAUUUGGUUUUAAUAUGUCAAGCAAAAGUGAGCCAAAAGUUUUAUGUUGUUUACUAUUUUAUUGUGUCACCUCAGAUAUGUAUGCUGUUCCUGAUCUAUGCAAUAAACUUUUAAAACAAG